AUGAGAGGAAGUGGAGAAGAGACAGUGGCGUGGAGGUUCUUUAGCAGAGAUGUUGUGCCGUUUGCUGCGAUGUUUGCAGUUGAGUGUACCUCUGUUGGGGCAAACACACUGUACAAGGCUGCAAGCUUAAAAGGAUUGAGCUUUUAUGUCUUUGUUUUCUACUCUUAUGUCGUUUCCACACUUCUCCUUCUUCCACUUUCCUUAAUCUUUGGAAGGUCAAGAAGAUUACCUUCACCGAAGUCUCCUCUCUUCUUCAAGAUCUUCGUACUUGGGCUUCUCGGGUUCAUGUCGCAGCUAGCUAGUUGUAAAGGAAUAGAAUAUAGCUCACCAACUCUUUCCUCUGCUAUCAGCAAUCUCACACCAGCUUUCACAUUCACGCUCGCCGUUAUCUUCAGGAUGGAACAAGUAGUGUUAAGGAGAUCUGCGACUCAGGCUAAAAUCAUUGGCGCAAUAGUAUCUAUAUCUGGUGCUCUGGUUGUUGUGCUAUAUAAAGGCCCAAAAGUUCUCGCUGCUGUAUCUCUUACACCUUCAUCAUCUACCGUUUCAUUUGAGGAUUUGACUUCAUCCGAGUCAAGCUGGAUAAUCGGAGGCCUUUUGCUUGCUUCACAGUUUUUUCUUCUAUCAGUCUGGUAUAUACUUCAGACUCGGGUCAUGGAGGCAUACCCUGAAGCAAUAACCGUAGUCUUCUUCUACAACUUAUUUGCAACGCUAAUCUCAGGACCAGUGUGUUUAUUAGCUGAAAGAAACUUGACUUCCUGGGUGCUUAAACCAGAUAUUGCCCUCGCUGCUAUCAUAUACUCGGGAGUCUUUGUUUCAUUAUUCAGCGCAGUUACCCACACAUGGGGUCUGAAUCUGAAAGGUCCUGUCUACAUAUCCUUGUUUAGGCCAUUGUCUAUCGCAAUUGCAGUCGCUAUGGGUGCUCUAUUCCUCGGCGAUGCACUUCACCUUGGGAGUGUCAUUGGAUCAGUGAUUUUGAGCUUAGGGUUCUACACUGUGAUUUGGGGAAAAGCAAGAGAGGAAGCAGCCAAAAAUGUUGCUGGUUCUGAGCAUUCACCUUUGCUGCUUACACACAUCGUAGAAAAUGAAGCAUAG